UGUGAAAUAAACACGUUUUUGGAAAAAAAAAGUGUCUGCCGUUGAGUUUGGUUUUCAAUGAGCGAGGCGGACCUAAUGUAACAAACGUCGGAAGAUGUUUGAGGUGGCACUCGUCAAGCUAGGUCAUUAGCAAUCAGUUGUGUAACAGUCAAGAGUUGCAGACAGCAAUAUCUAACAACACGACUGUCGCCAACCUUUUGUCUUAAUUGCGUGUUUAACCGGACGACGCGGAAAUGGCUGCCACCUCGUUUCAUUGCAUAUUUAUAGCGACUCUGAUCCAAGACUUGUGCUAACGUUAGCUUGUUAGCAAUCCUGGUUGUUUAGCAGUGCACCACCACUGUGGCUCUACACCUGACUGGACUCGCGCGCUGCACAUUCGGUGAAUUAAAGGAGCAUAACACGAUCACGAGUUGCAGUAACAGUACUACUACUGCACUGCUUGAAUACAUCUCUCCGUGUCUUUGCCUCAAGAUGUUCCUGGUGGGGCUGACGGGAGGCAUCGCCUCGGGGAAAAGCGCCGUGUCUUCAAUGCUGCGGGAGCUUGGGUGCCCCAUUAUUGAUGCAGAUGUUGUGGCCAGGAAAGUCGUGGAGCCGCACUCUCCUGCCUAUUCCCGCAUCGUCUACCACUUUGGGCCCGAGAUCCUGCUCGAGAACGGAGAGAUUGACAGGCAGAAGCUGGGUCAGCUCAUCUUCACCGACGAGGAGAAGAGGAAGCUGCUGAACUCCAUCACCCACCCGGAGAUCCACAAAGCAAUGCUCAAAGAGAUCCUGCUCUACUUUCUCAGAGGGUACCGCUACGUGGUGCUGGAUGUGCCCCUUCUCUUUGAAACCAGACGUCUCACUCAGUUUCUAAACCACACUGUAGUAGUUUACUGUGACCCUGCCACUCAGCUCUCGCGCCUGAUGCAGAGGGACGGCCUGACCCAGGAGCAGGCCGAGCAGCGCGUGGCCGCGCAGAUGCCGCUUAACGAAAAGCGCGGCUUGGCCAAUCACGUCAUCGAGAACUCGGGCGGCCGAGAGGACGCCCACCGGCAGGUGCUGCGGUUGCACACGAAGCUGGAGGACUCCAUGGACUUCCUCUUAGUGAGGGUCAUUGCUAUCGCCGCCACCACCGGUCUGGGUGGGAUGCUGCUCUAUGCCGCCAAGAUCCUUCUGUCCUAACAGCAGAGAUGAGGGGAGGAGAGAGUUUGGUCCAGGAUCUGGUGAGGGAGGAGUGUGUGAAUAGAAGCAGGCGAAGUCACGUCGGGAGGUCCCCCCCGUGCAAUUUACUGUGAGAUUAGUUUCACAGCGCCCACCACUACAGUUCAGUGGUGGGACAUGCUCUGUUUGCAGUCAACACUGGCUUACAUUAUUGACACACAAUGCACAAAUGUGGUGUGAAGGGUCUGAACGUGCAAUUUCAGUUGGUUUUGGGACACCUUAGAGUCUCAAUGCAGAUACAGCGAUCACAGUUCGGGGCCUACUGUCUAAGCUUUUUAUUAUGGGGCAGCAGUCGACACAAGAAAAGUCAAAACUGAUAAUUGAAGAUUUUUUUGUUGCACCUUUUAUACCCUGUGGAGAUCUCCAAAUGAAACAUUUUGGGUGAUGGCAUGGAUUGUGAAUAAAAAACACGGGCCGCAGAGAGGAAACAGAUUUACAUUCUUAACAGCUGUCGAAGUGCAGAAGUCAGAAGUGGUUUCUGUACUUUUUAGAAUUUGUUUGCAAUCUUCCACCUCAGUUGUAAGUAGAAAGAACCAGCGCCAUCUCCAGUGAUGAAUACGUUUUAAAUUGGUUGCAAUACUCAUCGUAGAAAAACACAAUAAAAUGCCCAAUAUGAACGAUCCGAUGCCAACAGAAGAUGUUGUGAUUGAAUGUUAAUGACCUGUAUAAUGAAGAUAUAUAUACUAAUGACCUGUAUAAUGAAGAUAUAUAUGACAAUGUAUUUGAUUUUUAAUGGGAACAGAUUGAAUUUACAUGAACUAA